AUGUCUACGGCCAAGACCUCCCUUAGUAACGAGGACUCCCCCGACGCUGUCCAUGAAUUCAACAAAGAUGUCAAGACCACAAUACAAGACCCAGAGUCACCUGUUCCACCCGAAGACGAAUAUGCUGGAGAUUUCGAAGAAAUUUCGACUUUGAAGCAAGGCCUUCAUCAGAGACACAUUCAAAUGAUUGCUUUAGCUGGUACAAUUGGAACAGGCCUUUUCCUUAGCUCUGGUCGAGCGCUUUCGCGAUCUGGUCCCCUGGGUGCCCUGUUGGGAUACUUGGUCAUGGGCUGUGUUGCGGGCACCGUAACUCUUGCGGUGGGCGAGAUGGGUGCACUUGUUCCCUUGAAUGGUGGAAUAGUCCGUUACGCAGAAUACUUUGUUGACCCGGCCUUAGCCUUCGCCAACGGCUACAACGUGGUGUAUUCUUAUCUUGUGUCUAUCCCCGCAGAGAUCGUGGCCGCUGCAGUGCUAGUGCAGUUUUGGUCUGACCUCAAUGGUGCGAUUUGGAUCACUAUUUUUGGACUCCUCAUGGUGUGUACUGCGUCGGUCUUUGUCAGAGUAUAUGGGGAGCUCGAGUUCGGUUUCUCCAUGUUGAAGAUCAUGCUGAUCAUUGGAAUCAAUAUAAUGGCUCUUGUGAUCACUUGUGGUGGCGGUCCUGACCAUAAAACCAUCGGGUUUGAAUACUGGCGCAAUCCUGGUCCUUUUGUCCAAUACCUUGGGAUCGGUGGCGCCCUUGGUCGCUUUCUUGGUGUUUGGACAUCCCUCAAUAGUGCCCUUUAUGCUUAUUCGGGGAUUGAGGUAAUUACUGUUGCCGCUGCAGAGACAAAAUGUCCGAGGCAGGCUAUUCCACAGGCUGCCAAGCGUGUUUUCGUUCGCAUACUGAUUUUCUACGUCAUCUCAAUCUUCAUGGUCGGCCUUGUGGUCCCUUCCAAUGAACCUAAACUCACUAAUUCUAGUGGCACCGCUUCUCAGUCUCCCUUUGUGAUCGCAGCUACUCUGGCUGGCAUCAAGGGAGUGCCAUCAAUCAUCAAUGCUGUCAUCAUCACAUCGGCGUGGUCUUCAGGCAACUCAAACAUGCUCGGAGGGACUAGGGUGUUAGUCGGGCUGGCGAUGAACGGUCAAGCCCCGAAGAUUUUCACUCGACUCAACAGAUUUUCGGUCCCGUGGGUCGCGGUUUCGCUGUACGGUCUCUUCAUGUGCCUGGGAUACAUGUCGCUCUCCUCAACUGCGAACACCGUAUUUGAUUGGUUACAAGACCUUGUCUCCAUCACAACUCUGACCAACUGGCUCACUAUUCUGGUGACAUAUCUUCGUUUCUACUAUGGCUGCAAGAAACAAGGAAUCUCCCGGAAUGAUCUACCGUGGGCCACGCCACUUCAGCCAUAUAUCAGCUGGGCCUCGCUGUUCAUGCUCGGCAUCCUGCUCAUCACGGGUGGAUACUCAACCUUCAUCAAAGGACAUUGGGAUAACGAAGGAUUCGUCUCCUCCUAUAUCAAUAUUCCUCUUUUCUUGAUCAUGUAUUUUGGAUACAAGUUUAUUUGCAAGACAAAGAUCAUCCCCUUGGAGGAUAUUCCCAUCCAACCCUUUAUUGAUAUUGCCAAUCGCAACCCAGAGCCCAAGCCCAAGCCAAAGAAAGGACUUCGCAGGCUGAACAUUCUAUGGAGCUGA